AUGGAGACCGGUGAGACGAGAAAUGUCUCAACCGGUCCACAAUCAUUGGAAUAUAAUUAUGCAGGAUUAUUUCUAAUAAUUAUCCCAUUAAUCACACUUUUGGGUAAUUUGCUAGUUAUAAUAUCAGUUCUUCGAUUCCGCGCACUUCAAUCAGCUAUCAAUUUUCUUAUUCUUGGUCUAGCUGUUGCUGAUCUUUUGGUCGCAAUUAUUGUCAUGCCAUAUGCUGUGUACAUUUACGUGAGUUCCAAUUCAAAAUUAUUCGUUUUCCUCAUCAAUUCAAUGUCAAAUAAAUGUGGCUCAACUCAACUUCUCUCGUUUUUUUCGUAAGGUUUUUGAUUAAACUUUAGCGAGAAAAGGAGAAGAGUGGAUUGAAAAGACACUUCAAAAAAAAGAAGGGAAUUGAGGAAACGAAAAUCAAAAAUCUCCACGUUUUUUUAGUUAUGCUCGGAUGGAUUUCUAGGGAUUUUGACCUUCCUUUUUGAGCAAAAAAAACUAUUGUGGAAAACUUCCGAAUUGAGUUCAGGAAACUCGAGACAAUUUUUUGUUGUAUUCAGGUAACAAAUGGCGAAUGGGGUUUGGGAGAUCUGAUGUGUGAUAUAUAUAUAACAUCUGAUGUUGCAUGCAGUACUGCCUCAAUUCUACUUCUUGCUGUUAUAUCAUUUGAUAGAUAUCGAGCAGUAUCUCUACCGAUUCAAUAUUCUCGUCAGAGUCAGAAUACAAAAAGAGUUUUUGCUGUGAUUGCUGGAAUUUGGUUUAUCUCUUUGGCUCUUGCAAGUCCAAUGGUUUUAGGUUAGUGAAACCUUGAAAUUGAAAAACAUCUGUCAUAAGAUCAUAGCAAAAAAUGUUUGAAAUCAGCUGAAAAGAUCAUAAAAUUUUGAAUUUUUAAACUGUUUUCGUUUUCAGGGGCCAAUGUUCGCCCACCAGGUGCGGAUACGAAUGAAUGUCGAUUUUAUAAUGCUGAAUUCUCAAUUUUAAGUUCAGUCAUAUCAUUCAUCAUUCCUUGUAUUCUUGUGCUUUUUGUAUAUAUUCGAAUUAUCAUUGCACUCAAAAAACGAGAAAAAGCGGCAAAAAUGCGACGAGAGAAAAAUUGCAUUGCUCAAGGAUUGACGUUAGUCAAAACCCUAUGAAUUUUCAAAAUCUUCGCUUUUUUUCCAGAAUUCGGAAUGAUCAAGCAGAUCCGAUUGAUGAAGAAGCAGCUGGUAGAAUUGUAGCGGGUCCAGGUUUGUUUUUGCGGAAUAUUUCAAAGUUUUUUUCCAAAAUAAUUUUUCAAAAGAAAUCCUAAGCUUUUUGUGAUACGCUUUCUUCCCCCAAUGUUAUUUAUAUUUCAGUUUGUUUUCCCAAUGUUUAUUAUUAUUAUUAUUAUUAUUUACAUUUUUAUCCUUUUAGACAUUAUUUUUUUAUUCUUUCAUAAUUGCGGGUUUGUGGGUUGACGAAGGUUUCCGGACCAUGAUCUAUAGAUAAAUAGACAGCAGCUAAAAAAAGGCGAGCUUUGAUUUGUUUCCCCAAUUUUCCCCCCGUAUUCUCCGUCGUUUUCAGUUGUUAAUGUUAUGAUGGCGGCACUUCCAUCAAUGACACGUCGAAUGAGACAAUUUGAAAGACAUCGACGAGCUAUUGAAUUAGCAGGUGAUGAAGAAUGGGAAAAUGAAAUGGAAGAAUUUGAGGAAUAUGAUGAUUAUGAAUAUGAUGAAGAUGAGGAUGAGAGAGGUGGUAAUGGAAAAAAUAAGAAUAAUAAAGGAUCAAUAAUUGCAACAACAUCUUCACACAAGAAUUCUGAUUAUCACGCUGAUGAUGGACAAAGUGCAAUUGAAGCAAGUGCACCGAGAACAACUUCAAUGCUUCGAAGAAUAAUUAAUGCGACAUCGCCUAGUCAAAAUCUUUUACCACAACCUCAAACCUCAUCAUUAUCAAAUCAUAAAGAAUCAUCAGUAUUCUCCUCUUCCACAACUUCGACAGCAUGUGAUGAACAUCCAGUUGAUGCUUCGAAAUCUCCAACUUCUACUUCUACCCUCCUUUUCAGUAUGUUCGAUAGAUAUAUUUAUCGUCAGCAUGUUUCGAUUUCAGUUUUCCUCUUUUCUUUCUUCUCUCUUGUAAAUUUAUGCAUAUUUAAAGUAUUGAUAUUUGAUAUUUGGUAUGAAUAUAUAGAGUAAAGUACAAAAUUAAACGUCAGCACAACUAUUGAAUGAACACAAAUCACAAAGUAAUAAUAGGCAUGGGUUAUGAGCAUGAAAAAAAUCUAAAAAGAUUUCAAGAAAAUAAUUUUUAUAUUUUCAGAAGAAAGAGAAUUCGGAAACAGUUCAACACCUCGAUCGUCAAUUGAUUCAUUAUCUGAAACUUGCAACGUUGUAACAAAUGAUUUUGUCUCGGAAAAUUGUACAACAAUGUCUCGAAGAUCUUCAUUUGCCGAUGAAUCUCAACCAACAUCAUCACAGGCAUCAUCUGGAGAUGGAAGAGUUAACUCCAAGAAAAUUCAGAAGUCUUUCGAGAAACUAUUCUACAAAACAUCACAAAAGAAAUAUGCGAAAUUCUUCUUUGUUAGUUUUCAAUUAAUUUCUAGUGUAAAUUUGAAUUUUUCAGAGGACAUGAUCAGGCUUUUAUUCCUUCAAUAAUUCGAACAAUCUCUAGAAGAAGUCCACGAAUUUUCCGUAAAAAUCCACCGAAAAAACCAUCAAUUGUUCUUUCAAAUCCAGUAACCGAACCAACAGAAUAUCGAAAACCAACUCGAGCACCAUUAGAAACAAUGAGUGCCAGUAGCACAGCAAACAGUUAGUUUUUUUGGAAAAAAAAGAUUAUGAGCACAACGAUUUUCAGCCGCAGAGUUGUUGGCGUCAACAGAUAUCGGAAUGAUAACUGAAACUGUUUUUGAAGAAGAUUUCGAACCUCAACCAACUCUUCAACCAACUGUUAGUUUUGCAUUAACAGUUCGAGAAAUGGAAGGUGAUGCAUUAGAUUGUUUGAAAGGAGGUGGAACUGCACCGUCAAGUAGAAAAGCUUCUCAAAUUGAUCCGCUAGCAGUUAAAAUUCUAACUAGACCAAGUUUACCAAGUGAGUGUUUGAUCAGACAAUCAGACAAAAAUAUUAUUAUUUUUCAGGUCUGGAACUCCAACGAAUGGAUUCUAUCGGAACCACCUGUUCUUCAAAAACACGUGCUGAUAGUUUGAAAUCAACUGACUCGAAAACAUCCAAGAAAAGUUCGAGAAACGGUAUCGCUGUUAAACUUGUGAAAAAAGCCAUCAAACAUGAGCACAGUUUGAAGAGAAAAGUUUCAAAAGCUCAGCGAAAAGAGAAACGAGCCACAAAAACAUUGGGAGUUGUGGUUGGUGUUUUCCUGGUCUGUUGGGUUCCAUUUUUUGUCAUCAAUAUUUUGAACGCAGUUUGCUCAUUGCUAGAGAAAGAUUUUUGUAUGGUAAGCACAAUAUUUUCCCAGCAGAACAAAAACAAAUAUAUUUUGUUCAGGUUGGUUAUGAUCUCUUCUUCUAUUGCACCUGGAUCGGUUAUAUGAAUUCAUUCAUGAAUCCUAUCAUCUACACAAUUUUCAACACCGAAUUCCGUCGCGCCUUCAAAUCCAUCUUAUUUGGUCGCAACAGUGUUCGAGCUCAAAACUUCAAAACUCAUUUGUAA